UCUAAUCUGUCGGGACGGCUGGGAUGCUUUAAAAGAGGCUCGUGGCCCUCACACUCCUUUUGUGUUGCUGCUGCGUCUUCGAGGGAAGGGCGAGGAGAGAAGGCGCAUUCUUCGAUCGGGAUCGUGAAUCAGGAUGGGAAAAUCUUACCCGGCCGUGAGCGAGGAGUACAAGGCCGCCGUGGAGAAGGCCAAGAGGAAGCUCCGCGGCUUCAUCGCAGAGAAGAACUGUGCGCCAUUGAUUCUCCGCCUUGCAUGGCACUCGGCGGGAACUUACGAUUGCCAGUCCAAGACCGGUGGUCCUUUUGGCACCAUGAAGCUCGCUGAGGAGCUUGGCCAUACCGCGAACAAUGGUCUCGACAUCGCCGUGAAGCUGCUACAGCCAAUCAAGGACCAGUUCCCCAUCUUGAGCUAUGGCGACUUCUAUCAGCUUGCGGGAGUCGUUGCUGUGGAAGUCACUGGUGGCCCCGAGAUUCCAUUCCAUCCCGGGAGAGUGGACAAGCCAACAUGCCCAAUGGAGGGACGGCUUCCAGAUGCUACCAAGGGCGCGGAUCAUCUCAGAGACGUGUUUGUGAAGCAUAUGGGUCUCACGGACAAGGACAUCGUGGCUCUUUCUGGCGGUCACACUCUGGGAAGAGCACACAAGGAACGAUCCGGGUUUGAGGGCCCAUGGACGCACAACCCUCUCCAGUUUGACAACUCCUACUUCACGAUACUGCUGAGCGGUGAGCAGGAAGGCAUCCUCACUCUCCCAACCGACAAAGUUCUCGUGGAGGAUCCCUCAUUCCGCCCGCUCGUGGAGCUCUACGCCAAGGACGAGGAGGCGUUCUUCAAGGACUACACCGAAGCCCACCUCAAGCUCUCGGAGCUUGGAUUCGCCGAGGAGUAAAAGCAAAGGGCGUAAAUAACCUCCGAGCAAGCCUUACUUCUUUUUGGAUUUUGUGGAAAAAACAUUAAUAGCAAAUGUAUUGUUAAGUCAGCUGGCA